AUGGCCACCCCCAAUGUUCUUACCUUUGACGCUGAGGGGAGGGCCAUUGACUUUGCCGUCUGGAUUGAAGACCUGCAGCUGUACUUACUGUGUGAUGCGAUAGAUGAGGUCUCUCUCUUUGACUUUUGCAAGACCGCUCAGGCCUUGUACGACGCUGUAGUUGCACGCUACUCCUCCCCUUCCUCCGCUACCCUUAGCCGCCUCAUGCUACCGUUUCUCUUCCCUGACCUCGCUUCCUUUCCCACUGUCGCUGACCUCGUUACCCACCUCCGUGCUAGUGACACCCGCUACCGCGCUGCCCUUCCUGCUGAGUUCCGCGCUGCGAACCCUCCUCCCAUGUACAUCACUCUCUACUUUCUCGUCACCCGUCUCCCUGAGUCCCUUCGUGUCGUUAGGGACCAGUUUCUCUCUGUCUGUCCCACCACUCUCACUGUCGACCUCCUUGAGGAGUCCCUGCUAGCGGCUGAGAAGAGUAUUGUCGCUGUAGGGGCCUCUCGGGGUGACCCUCGCACCCCUAUCUUUGAGGGGUGUGGUCCUUCCCCCCUGCUGCCCUCUGUCGCCUCUGCCGCUGCGGCCGACCUCACUGGUUUUGAGUCGGUCGGCGCGGCGUCUGCCCCCAGCGGCAGACGCCGCGCUGGCAAGGGCAAGGGGGGCAAGGGAGCGGGUGGAGCUAGAGGGGGCGGUGGAGGAGGCGGUGGGGGUGGCGGGGGGAGUGGGGGUGGCGGUGGGGGUGGUGGCGGAAGUGGAGGUACUGGUGGCGGCGGUGGAGGCGGAGGUGGCGGCGGAGGUGGUAGCGGAGGAGGCGGUGGGAGCGGUGGGAGCGACGGUCCUGGUGGGGGAGGUGGAGGUGGAGACGGGGGUGGCGGUGGAGGCGGGGGUGGCAGUGGAGGCGGGGGUCGGAGUGGCUCGUCCCAGCGGAGCAGCUCCGGGGGUGGUCAGCGCCAGCAGCAACAGCAGCAGCAGCCGCAGCAGCAGCCACAGCAGCAGCAGCGCUCUCGCACCGUCCCCGCCCCUCAGCAGCUCCGUGAGUGGUACGCUGCGCACCAGAUCAACCUCCACCCCAGGGUCUCUCGACCGGAGGACCUCCCCAGCCCUGCUGUGGACGGGGAAGGUUGGCGAUGCUUUUACCACCCCACCUCUCGACGUGUUCUGUCCUCCCAGGACGUCACGUUCGACGAGUCGGUACCCUACUACCGCCUCUUCCCCUACCGCACUCCGUCCCUCCCCCCCCCCCGCUCUUCUUGGUACCAGGUCCCCCCCCGGUAG